AUAAAAAGCAAGUGGAAAACGACUAUAAAGGACUCCACAAGAAUGCAAAAACUGUAUUACAAAAACAUGUCGGUACAGAAUUUUCCAACCAAACAGUCAAACCUAACAUUCUCUUAUCAAAACCUUCCAGCUUAAUUUAGAUCUCCUCCAGUUAAACAAGUUCUUAACUAGAUGCAGUCAAUGGUGCUGAGAUUAUUCAGUUCUUACCUCGAACAUUUCGAUCUCCAAGUUCUAAAUUGUGGGAACAGUGGGUGUGGCUAUAAAUGGCACUAGUGGUAUACUGGUAUGAUUUCGUUUGCUUUGGCAUUGUUGCUGCGGCUCUUCUUGUGUCCUUAUGGAUGCUAUGGAGGAGGGAACUUGCCUCGACAAGUGAAGAUAAUAUCAUGUAUCAGAGCCUCCUCGUGGCUCGGCCGGAUACUUAUGAUCGGACCGUGCAAGCAAUUGCAAUACCAAGAAACCAUGUUGGUUCUGCGCAACUAUGGACCAGUUGUUGGAAAGGGGUGCACCCCGGGUGGCUCCUAGCUACUCGUUUCAUCUCCUUCCUGGUCAUGGCUGGAUUCUUGUUGGCGGAUUUCUUGAAAUGGGAUGCCACCAUAUUUGUUUACUACACCGAGUGGACAUUUACGUUGGCUUUGGUAUAUUUCGCGCUUGGCACUGUGAUAUCUGCGUAUGGGUGUUUUGUGUCUUUAAAGAAACCAGCUGCCUCUGGAAAGGGCGAAAAUCCUGUGUUCUUGGAAGGGGACGUGGAAGAGACUGGAACGGCUACCUCUAUAACUUACAAGGAAAAGGAAAGUAGGAGUACAGUCAGGUUGCAAAGUCACCGUGCUGAGGAGGCAAUUCAAGAAAGAGCAGGAUUUUGGGGAUACCUUAUGCAAAUUAUAUACCAAACUUGUGCAGGUGCUAUCGUCCUAACAGACAUUGUAUUUUGGUGUGUUAUAGUCCCUUUUUUAUCAAAUACGCACCUCGGCCUCAAUGUGUUGAUGGGUUGCAUGCAUUCCCUGAAUGCUUUUUUUCUAUUGCUAGAUACUGUUCUCAAUAGCCUUCCAUUUCCAUGGUUCCGCAUUGCAUAUUUUGUGCUGUGGAGCUGCCUCUAUGUCAUUUUCCAGUGGAUUAUUCACGCAUGUGGUUUUUCGUGGUGGCCAUACCCAUUCCUCGAGCUUGACACGCCCUGGUCUCCCUUAUGGUAUUUUUUGGUGGCUCUAAUGCACAUUCCUUGUUAUGGGAUAUAUGCACUGAUAUUUAAAGCAAAAAAUGCUAUUUUCCCCCGGUUGUUCCCUCGUGCUUUUGUGAGAUCCUUCUAGUUUUUCGUUUUUUACAACCAACUUCUGUAUAAGGCGAUCUCAAUUCUGGUUGUUUGUUUAUGUUUAUGCAUGUAAAGAGGGAACAGUCAUCCAUUCCCUCGAAAGUGUGUUUUACAGACAUCUUACAGAUGAGAAUCUGAGUGUUCAUGUUCUGAAUCGAAGCUCUACCUGCUACCA